AGUAAACGGGUGUCGGCGUGAACGUCGCUGAGCUGUGAAUGGACAUUAAUAGGGAAUGUAAUGUUCUUCUCCCACUGCCUGCUUGCUUCUAUCAUUUAAUCUCUGCAGCGGAAGCCGGGUGUUGCUGAGUGACUGAGGGGAUGUGAUGGCACAGCUAGCAGGCUGGACAGAUCCGAGCAGACUGCCUGCUGCACACUGAACCAUCUGGAUGCAACACGUUAGAGCCUAGACAGAAUGGAUUUUCCCAAUUUCACUGAAGGGGUGUUUGCCACAAACAGCAGUGGUAAUGACACACUGGAGACCACUAAACCCCCUCCCAGUAAGAUCCUGCUUACGCUGACCCUGUCUGUACUGGCUAUCCUGACUACAUUCUUCAACUGCCUGGUGAUCACAGCUAUCGGAGUCACGCGCAAGUUGCACCACCCAGCCAACUACCUCAUCUGCUCCUUAGCAGUGACUGACCUGCUGGUGGCUGUGCUGGUCAUGCCCUUCAGUAUAAUGUACAUCCAGAAAGAGUACUGGGGCAUGGGUCAGGUGGUGUGUACCAUCUGGUUAAGUGUGGAUAUCACCUGUUGCACCUGCUCCAUCCUGCACCUCGCUGCAAUCGCCAUCGACCGUUACAGGGCCAUUACUGAUGCAGUGGAGUACUCUCGCAAACGCACAGGGGCGAGGGCUGGGGCGAUGGUGGCAGUGGUGUGGCUCUUGUCUAUCCUCAUUUCACUUCCUCCUCUAAUCUGGCGGCACUACAGCGGGGAUGCAGAGCAGGUAGACCAGUGCAUCAUGAUGCACCAUCACAUUGCCUUCACCUUGUACUCCACCCUUGGAGCAUUCUACAUCCCCCUGAUGCUCAUCCUCAUCCUCUACUACAAAAUCUACCGGGCUGCUCAGACCCUGUAUAUGCGCAGGGAGGCCAGCCGGGCAAGCCGUCACUCAUGCAUGACCAAUGGGAGCAUGAUCCCGUCCUACCCUGCUGGAGAAGGCGACGACGAUGGGGGACCGAGAAGUCCGGUGCCCAUAAGCCCACCAGAAAAGUCUGUCUCUGAACCCUCAAAUGAGGAGCCCCCACGUGAACGGGUGCGUGCAUCAGUGAAGGCCUUCCGGAGCAAGACGCGCCGGCAUGAGUCACGUAGUGAGUCACGACGGAGCCAGUUUUACCAAGGACCACGGAUCUCAGGCUCCCGGGAGCGCAAAGCUGCAUCAACGCUGGGAUUGAUAAUAGGGGCCUUUGUCAUCUGUUGGUUGCCAUUUUUUGUCAAGGAGGUGAUCGUCAACACCUGCGAUGCUUGCAGUACCUCAAUGGAGAUGGCUGAUUUUCUGACAUGGCUGGGCUACAUCAACUCGCUAAUCAACCCCCUUAUCUACACCAUCUUUAAUGAAGACUUCAAAAAAGCGUUUCAAAGACUUGUUAGGUGCAGCCAUUACCUCUGAUGGUUACAAUUGUGCAUGAUCAUACCCAUUAUGCCACCACAUGUACACAUGUAUCCAGGUGGGGACAGACUAAAAGAUGGCCAUCAGAGAAUACUGACUGAAUACUGAUGCAAUGUGCCUGAGAGACAAUCAGGUUUGACACCCAUUCCCAGAUGCUCCACCAGGCACUCCAACAGCCUCAGUGGCACCAGCUCAGCGAUGAGGUUUGCAGCAAAGUUCCACAUUGAAGUACACGUCUUGCUAUUAAUAGAACAACCUGAGAUUUCCUUGAUGUUAACUGGUAUGUUUGAAAGGACAUUGACAUGUUGGUUUUUAGAAAAUGGGCCAUCGCUGACCUUUCUGAGGUCUGGGUUUUGAGCAUUAGUCCCCAUUAAAGGGCCUUAAAAUAGCUGACCAUUAUGGCUUUCCCAUCUAAUGACCUCCGGUCUAUCUAGUCCAAGCUGCUGGCUGAAAUACAGAACAUGUGUAAUAUACCACAGCAUACCAAGUUGUGAUUUCCCAUGGUCAUGAUGUUAUAAAGGGUCACUUUUACCUGAUUGACUGUCACAGUGAUUGUUAACAAACAUUGUUGUUGAAUGUGAUAUGUAUUCAGCAAAACACUUCAACAAAUAUGAAAUAAAAAUUUGCAGAUUAUUGAAGUGUCUUGUCAGGUAAUGGUAAUGACACUGGCUUAAAUCAUCUGUCCAUCUGAAAGCGAAAAGUUGUUACCUGCCUUUCGUCAACGUCUCAACACUGAACAUAACAUGCCAUCUUUUAAAUGUUUAGGAUGAGCAGCUAAGAAUAUGAAGAAAAUGUUUUAUGAUCUAGGACCAAAUCAUACCAUUAAUAAAACAUUAUGAAUUAUAUUUAAAAAAAAAAUACUUGGGGACCAAUAUAAAAACUGAGCUUGUCUCCACUUUCACUUCAGAAGGUUAUCAUGUGGAGAGGGCUUGAGAUAUUGGGGUUACAGGUUCUAUAGGACACUACCACUUUAAUUGAUGUAUUGCACAACAUGUUAUGUUUCUUUAAGUCGGGGAUACUCAACUUGUUCUGCCGAGGGGGCCACGUUUGCAAAAUGAUGGGAAUGAAUCACAUUAAUCAGUAUAAUCAAUGAACUGCCUGUUUCCAAUUUUUCAGCGUUUGUUGUCCUGACUUAUCUUUGCCAAGAGGCGAAUCCAGUCUCAGCAGGUCGAGUGUACGCAGGGACGUUUCAAGGAUUUGAGGACAUUCGGAGCUCAGCCCAGAUCUUUGCCAGGGGAGCACCCCCGGGUCCUGGCACGUUUUUUUUUAUUAACAAGCUCUAUUUGGAUGCUUUUUUAAUGCACU